UCCAAGUACAACUACUGCCCAACCAACACCUACAACCACGACUACCACUACUACCCUACCCACAACUACAUCUCCAUCUAUAACUACUAUGCCACCAACAACAACUACAGUUUCCACUGCUCCCCAAGAAACAACGACCGCUUCACCCACAACAACCACUACUGAAUCAACAAUGUCAACUCCAAUUUUCACUUCUACCAAUUCCCCAACUUCACUUCUUACAAACACUACAAUUCUACAAACAACAGGGAGCACCACCCCCACAUUAACAACAACUAGAGUACCAACCACUACUACGACCCAGUCCACAACUUUUACACCUAAUGGUCCAACUUCUACUACAAUUCCAAGUACAACUACUGCCCAACCAACACCUACAACCACAACUACCACUACUACCCUACCAACAACUACAUCUCCGUCUAUAACUACUAUGCAACCAACAACUAUAGCUUCGAGUACUCCCCCAGAAAAAACGACCGUUUCACCCACAACAACCACUACUGAAUCAACACUGUCAACUGCAAUUUUCACUUCUACCAAUUCCCCAACUUCACUUCUUACAAACACUACAACUCUACAAACAACAGGGAGCACCCCUCCCCCAUUACCAACAACUACAGUACCAACCACUACUACGACCCAGUCCACAACUUUUACACCUAAUGGUCCAACUUCAACUACAGUUCCAAGUACAACUACUGCCGAAGCAACAACAACGACAGUCACAACUACCACUACUACCGUACCCACAACUACACAUCCAUCUAUUACGAGUACGCAACCAACAACAACUACGGCUUCCACUGCUCCCCAAGAAACAAUGACCGUUUCACCCACAACAGCUACUCAAUCAACACCUUCCACUCCAAUUUUCACUUCUACCAAUUCCCCAACUUCACUUCUUGCAACCACUACCAUUCUACAAACAACAAGGAGCACCACCACCUCAUUACCAACAACUACAGUACCAACCACAACUGCGACCCAGUCCACAACUUUUACACCUAAUGGUCCAACUUCUACUACAGUUCCAAGUACAACAACUGCCCAACCAACACCUAUAGCCACAACUGCCACUACUACCCUGCCCACAACUACAUCUCCAUCUAUAACUACUAUGCAACCAACAACUUCAAUUUCCACUGCUCCCCAAGAAACAACGACCACUUCACACAGAACAACCACUACUGAAUCAACACUGUCAACUGCAAUUUUCACUUUUACCAAUUCCCCAUCUUCACUUCUUACAAACACUACCACUCUACAAACAACAAGGAGCACCACCCCCCCAUUAACAACAACUACAGUACCAACCACUACUACGACCCAGUCCACAACUUUUACACCUAAUGGUCCAACUUCUACUACAAUUCCAAGUACAACUACUGCCCAAACAACACCUACAACCACGACUACCACUACUACCCUACCCACAACUACAUCUCCAUCUAUAACUACUACGCAACCAACAACUAUAGCUUCCAGUACUCCCCAAGAAACAACGACCGCUUCACACAGAUCAACCACUACUGAAUCAACACUGUCAACUGCAAUUUUCACUUUUACCAAUUCCCCAUCUUCACUUCUUACAAACACUACCACUCUACAAACAACAAGGAGCACCACCCCCCCAUUAACAACAACUACAGUACCAACCACUACUACGACCCAGUCCACAACUUUUACACCUAAUGGUCCAACUUCUACUACAAUUCCAAGUACAACUACUGCCCAAACAACACCUACAACCACGACUACCACUACUACCCUACCCACAACUACAUCUCCAUCUAUAACUACUAUGCCACCAACAACAACUAUAGCUUCCAGUACUCCCCAAGAAACAACGACCGUUUCACCCACAACAACCACUACUCAAUCAACACCUUCAACUUACAACUACUGCCCAAACAACACCUACAACCACGACUACCACUACUACCCUACCCACAACUACAUCUCCAUCUAUAACUACUAUGCAACCAACAUCUACAAUUAG